AUGACGCAACGACGGUUGUCCACGAGCGUGUGUGUAUCAGAGUUUAUUUACAGGUCCUACUGGCCUCUGCACGAGGUCUUUGCGCCCCCGAAGCUACUAGUGGGAAACUUCAACGAACUGAUCAAGUACCUGACACGCAACAAUGAACGCUGGGACGACCUGUGUAAGAUACGAGCCAUCUUCCUCUGGGUCACAUCCAUAGACGUGUACAACUUCAAGGUGGACGGUGUACCCCCGACACACUCGCCUCUCGAGUACUUUACGAAGAUCCAGUGUAACAUGGGCAACCACGCUCAUCUCAUAUCUGGACUCUGUCAAAUGGCGGGAAUCCCGUGCGUCAUCCUCAGCGGCAUGAACAAGAGCGCCGCCUAUGACAUCGGAGGCCGCGUUGAUCGGAAGAGCAUGGGUGCGCAGUGGAAUGCCGUUUACGUGAACGACGACUGGCGCUUCCUGGACGCUUUCUGGGCCUCGUGUGUGAUCGGCCGUAAGACGGGCGAGUGGACGCUCGUAUACUCGGACGGCAACGUGACACAGAUGGAGGACGAGGAGUCAGCGGAGGGCACGACGCAGCACCGCAUUAACGAGUUCUACUUCUUCCCCGACCCCGACAAGCUCGUCUGGACUCCCGAUUGGCACUACCCGGACGAGGUGCAGUGGCAGCUGCUUGAUCGGCCCGUCAGCCAGAAAGAGUUCGAGGAACACGUGUACCUCCGGGAGCGCUUCCACUAUCUCGGUAUGAAGCUCAUGCCCAAUAGCCACGACAGGUGCGUUCUGUCGUCCAAAGACGGCGAAAUCGAAAUCGUGUUCUCGCUUCCGCCCAAGAGCAGUGAGAAUUCCCGGUUCAAGUACAUGUUAUACCAAGGGCAGAAGUCGCGGAACAAGGAAGAAGAGGACAUAUUGCUAGACCGGUUCGUGGUGUUCGAGCACACGGCGCAUCUUCUGCGGUUCACUAUUCGGUUCCCGAUCUCAGGGCGGUUCAAAAUGGACGUGUUUGGUCUGGACGUGACGGAGUCAGACAUAUUUGAUCUGGCAUGUACGUACAUUAUUCAGUGCAAUGAGGCGAAGAAGAAUUGCUUGCCGCUACCGGACGUGCCUCCGAUCGGAUGGGGACCUGGAGCGAACGCCAAAGAAGCUGGUCUGAAACCUAUUACGCAUGACGAUGCCAUAAUUGUCACCAAGGGCGGGAACGUGGAGAUUCGUCUAGCCGCCGAAAAGAACAUACAACUGCAUCAGAUGUUGAAACACGCCCUCAUUGACGAGGCGACGCUUAGUAACUACGCGGUCACCAGACUGGAAAAUGGCGAAGCCGUCGUAAACAUCCGACUGCCACAGGGCGGUGAAUACGCGCUCAAGCUGUACGCAGACGACGCGGGCAAGGAAGGCGUGGCACCAAACGUUUUGAACUACCUGAUCAAGAGCGAAGGAAAGAACGUCAGCAAUCCGCCCUUCCCGAACAUCAGCGACGGGUCGCUGGGAGCGAAACCGCUUUCUGAGAAUCUCGGUGUCAAGGCCAUAACGCCCAAGGGUGGAAACAUUCAGGCCAAGAACGGUCGCACGCGCGUGGAGUUCCAAGCUCGAAGCGGCGUACAGCUUAUGGUUGAACUGCACAGCAGCGACGAGCUAGCUUGCAAGCGCAUGAUGGUGACCCCGAAAGAGGAGAAUGGCAAGUGGAUAUUCGACCUUGAUAUGCCGGAAGAAGGUGAAUAUUCUCUGAACGUGUUUGGCUGUUCAAAGAACUCGGUAGACAGAAUCUACAACGUGCACUCGUACCUGGUGAAAUCCGACGGCCGGAAGUUGGACGGUGCUGAGAUCGAUAUGCGCGCGCAGAACAAACACGUUCAGACGCACGUUCCCAUAGAAACAGUACAGACAUCCGACAACGAAGUUCUCAUACCUAUUCCACCCGGUUUCGAAGACGUCUGCGCGUCUCUUCACAGACGGAACGCGAACGAUCCCCCGAACGCUCACCAGGUGGAUAUCAUAGAACAGGACGGUAUCCAGCUGAUACGGGCGCGACUUCCGGAGUUUGGCGAGUAUCAGCUGAACCUGUACGACCGAGACAGAAAGGCCGUGCUUCGAAACAUCGCCAAGUACCAGAUAAAUCGGCGACCUCCAGGCGAGCUAUACGAGGACAAUACGAAGAUGCUGAUGCACAACCUCGGCGCCACACAGCCGAUCGUGGAGGAGGACGAGGAGGAGUAUGCCGCUCCCAGCAGGAUCGACAAGAACGAGUCGGACGAGGACAAGAACAAGCGCAUGGAGGCCCAGUUAGAGAUAGACCAAGAGGAACAGCGGCGCGCGACUCGGCGGCAAAUUCAGAAGGCGAUAGACAUGAAGGAUCCGGAAAUGCUGGAGCGUUACAUCCAGGCGUACGAGAAGCUUAACCCAGCCUACGACGACGAGAUGCUGGUCAAGGCGCACAGGGUGCUCGCAGCGCUGGACGCCAAGGAAGAGCUGACACAAGCUUGCCAACGCCGCGACCUGGACUCGCUGAAGAAGGCGAUCGCGCGCGCCAAGGACGUCAACUACGACCACCAGCUGGACCUCCAGCUGGCGUUGGCAAACCGCCUCCGCGACCAGCUGGAGCGGAUAGAGAAGCUGCGGCACUCCGUGCUCAAUCUGGACAGCAAGACAAUCGCGGAGAUCAAGACGUACUCAAAUCCGCCUGACGGCGUCCACCAGUCAAUGAUGGCAACGUUCAUAUUGUUGGGCAACACGCCUAAGGAAGUCAGGAACUGGCGAACGUGUCAGGCGUUGGUCGGCAAGACCGGAAAAGAGUCGCUGAUGCGCCGGAUAUCCGGUUUUGACCCCAAGGACUGUAGCCUCGCCGUGGCUCAGUUGGCGAAGCACAUGAUUGAGAACUACUCAAUGUCGCAGAUCCGUGACGUCAGUGCAGGCGCCGCGACGUUCUUUGGAUGGUCGCUGGGUAUGAUAGAGGAGAUCGAGUCCACGGGCGGCUCAGGCAUGGGCAUCAUCAGCAAACCUCCCCAAAAACAGGAGAGACCCAAGACCAAGAACAGCAGCCGCAACGGGAAGCGAUAGAUAUAAGCGUCGCCGUGGGAAAACGUGGUUUAUUGCAUGUGCGUAAAGCAUCAACCCAGAUUAGCCUGUGAAGUCUGCACAGGCUUAUCUGGGACGACACUUCACGCACGUACAUUUAGCCCCGUUUUGCCAGAGAUAGAUAUGUUUAAAUUAGUCUCCCUUAGCUCAGUGUACAAAUAUAUAUUAAGGUUUGUUACCAUGGUUUAAUGGUCAAUAAUAGUGCUGAAUUUGUCGUUUUCAUUUGGUUGGCGAAACUUCUUCGUGUUGAUAACCCAAUAUGUCAGUGAAGUGAACACUAAUAUUCGUUUGUGAAAGAAUAUGAUUUUCUGCUGCUUUUAAUUAAAAUUGUCAUUAACGCUGAUAUCGCAUGUUUAUUACUAUGGCAUUGGACUUAGGCUUUACUUUCAAAACAAUAAUUGUGCACGUAUAUGUUCUUGCUAUAGUUUUGUGAUAUAAUUCUAUAACGUGUGCGCCGCUCUGAAUACUUAGAGAAACGCAUUAUGUUUAUAUUAAUAUGUUGUAUAUUAUAUUAUUCAAAUGUAUGUAAGUAUACAACAUACAUGGUUGUAUACUAGUGAAUGACAAGUUACAGGAUUUCGGCUUUAAAAAGCACGCAUGUACGUAAUUUGCAGUUGUAUACAAUGUCAUAUUACAUCAAUUUUUAUUUUAUAACUGUACAUUAACAGUUAGUUUACAUUUACAUGUAAAAUUUCCACAUAUUUGUUCCAUACAUAAUUUUCGCAGAAAUUUGAAUUACUUGAUUGAUAUUUUAUCCCAUUCUGUGGAUGAUGACUGUUUGUCAUAAUUGUAUCUGCAAUUAUGAUAUUUGCUGAUAUGUUUAUUGUGAAAUAUCAAAACAUGUGAUCAAGCUCAUAUUGAAGAUGCACUUAAAUCAGUGUUUCGUUGGGUUGCACAAUUGAUUUGCAAAUCAAUCAUAAAGCACAAUAUAAUAAUAUGGUUUCUUCAUAAACUGCACACUUAUGCAUGUGGGUGUUUGUGAGCGAUUAUAUGUACCUAUUAUUUUCAGUAUUUCGAACAUUCUGCAAUAUUUGUUUAGUAAGGUCAUUUUGUUCAAUAAUAAAUAUGUAUUUUUAUUCCACAUUCAUACAUGCCAUGUUUAUUCAAUUUAAUUUAUGCACGGCGUUUAAGACUGUGUCUGUCAUUGUUUGCGAUUCAAAAAAUGGAUUUUACAAAAAUCACAAAAUUAUUAAUGGUAUGACUUUGUAGAUGUUUAUCAAUUGUUCCAAAUAGAUACUUUUUCAUGUUGGUAUUUUUGUCUGUGAUAUAAUGAUUUUUGUAUUGCUGCACAAAACAUAACUGUCUUUUAUGCACAAAACACUUGUCCAGUGUUACUUGAAGGUUAUAAACCGAGUUGUGUGUUAAAUUCUGUUCUCUUUUGUUCAGGUAUUUUCAAUGCUAUUUAUUACGCUUUUAAUGUUUUUGAAGAGGAAUGAUAUUAAGUGAUAUUAGGUUACAAAGUCCUAUGUUGGAUAUACACAACAUAUGGCUUCAUAUUCCCCAAUGUCAACACUAAAUACUUCCCAUUUAUGUCUAAUAGUUUGAUUGGACACAUGCCUAUUUAAUUCAGACACGGCUAUCAAAGCUGACAUUGCAAGCCGAAACUAGUUCGAAAUCAAAAUACUGAUAGUACUGGUGUGACGAUGCUUUUGAAGAGGAUGGAUAUAAAAACAUCAAUUUAAGUUUAUCUAUAUCACCCGAUUUGUGUAUGUGGGUACGAACAUUUUGGGUACGAAAAAAAUUUUGGGUAUGAACAUUUUGGGUACGAAAAAAAAUUGGGUACGAAAAAAAUUGGGAACGAAACAUUUUGGGUACGAAAUAAAAAUUUGGGGGUACGGGCAAGUAGUACCUGUGGGGAACUUGACCCAUUCGGCGAAACUGGGAGGCGGGUUACAUUCUCGAUCAAAUCUUACAAGAAAUAUCUUUAAAAAGAUAAUCGGCGUGUAUUUUUCUGUACCACUUUUCGUAAACACUUUCUAUAACAAUAAAAUGUUUGUGGGUUAUUAAAAUUACGUUUCAGCAGAUAUAUACAAAACAUGACAUGAUCGUUAAUAACACAUGUACAUCAUACCUUACCUUUAUUUCAUUGUUUACGUUCUUAAUUUUAUUAUGUUAUAUGUACGAACGUGAUUUCUCAUGCCCAUGGACAUAUGCUUUUUUACUGUUGAAUAUUGUUUGUUAAUUUUAGUUCAAUACGCAUAGGCAUGUUUGUUCAUUAAGUAUGGCAAUACUUUCAUGAUGAUUCUCGAAAGAAGGUAUGAGCACAUAGCCGGACCAGGUGAGCUCAAUCGUAAGAGCACUUGCAUAUCCGAGUUCGCCCAGGAACAUAUGGAUAAGUUAACUAACCAAAGCGAUAUGACAUCAUACAUGUAUAUGCUGAAAUCUAACAAACGAACGAAUUAUCAAACAUGGUAUGUACACUUAGCUGGUUGUGUAAUUUCUGUUAGAAUAUCGUAUUAAAUGUAAAUUUAAAAUGAUUGUGCCCGCACGUGAGUUUGUUUCCUUUUUAAGUCUAUACGCCCCAAGGCUGCACCCAGUGUGUAUUUGUGUUAUGAGUUACCUCCGCGCCUAAGGCUGCAUAAUGUUGGGACCCGGAGUGUGUUCAGCACUCCUACCUAAUAAGCUUAGACUGACGACAGUUGGGACGAAUUAGGAAUGAUAGCUGCAAUUUCCAGCUAUUUAUUUGUUUACUGAAAUACUUCUUAAUUUGUGAUAUGGUCUUGUGCUGCGGGGGAUAGGAUUUACGGAGAAAACCCCUCCUGUUCGGUAUGGUGACCACAAAACAAACACACACAAAAAAAAAUUGGGCCGGAAGCGGGAAUCAAACCGGUGUCGUAAAAAGCGUACGUGCCGACCACUGCGCUAGCGGGACGGACAACGACUCAAAGUUAUGUUGUUUUAUUUAUAUAUAUCAUGGCAGUGCAGCGUUUACAAUUUUCAGGUUCGAAAUUGUUCGUAUUCUUUUGAUUUGUGAUCGAGUAAAAAGUUAAUUUUACAUGUUUUCAUUCGCAAUUUAUAUAAAAAAAAACGAGAACAAAUAUCAAACACAAUAGAGAAAAUAUAUAGUUGUUUCAUUGGUCCAUAAAGAUAAAAUGGAUGUAAAAUUACUAAUUUAAAAUUAACGUUUUCAUACACUUAUUGAAUCUGUUUCCCCAGAAUAUGCUGUUCUAUUAAUAUUUACCUUUAUCAGUUAUAAUCAACGAGGUAUGCCGAUUAUAAAAGUCGAGCUAUCUCAAUCGGACUGGCUCGGUCUUUUACAUAGGUCGCAAUUGUGAAGAAUUUUUUUCAUGGUAUGAUAACUUCGCAGCAUCGUCAAAAAGUAUUAAUUAAUAUGAGAUUACAAUUAUAGAAAAAAAACCUGAUACUUUUCAGUAUGAAGCAAAUAUAACAAUUUUUAGUUUUACACGUCAAGUGUAUACGCAAAGAUCUAUCAAUAAUAUUUAAGUUCAUAUCUGUUUGUAUUUGUAUAGUGAUAACCAAAAAAAGCUCGCAUAUGCCUCUUAUUGAACGAAAGAAGUUACAAUUUAUAUAAUCAUUGAACACGUCCUUUUUAUGCAAGGAAAACUACUUUCAAAACAUACGGCUCCGCCAAUGGUUUGAAUCAGAAGACCGGUAUAAACCCACAAUGUUUCUCCUUCUUAUUCUAUUGAAACAAGUUGCGAGUAAAGGUAGAAUCAUCUGUAUAUAUGCAUAGUAUAUGCCCCAAAAUCCGUCCAGAUUUAUUGACAGUCCUACUCGACUAUGCAUCUAUUUUUUAAUGGGAUUACUUAGAAAUAAUUAAAUACUAAACUUAUUUUAAAAUAAGCAAAAGUCUAUUAUCUGAUCCCAGUGUUUACACGUAACAAUGCUUGUUACACAUUUGGGCCCACAUUUGCUUGUUACACAUUUUCGAAUGUAUGUGUCAUUUGAAAUAAAUGAAAACCUAGA